UGGAUAAAUGUUGUUAUAUUAGUGGUUUUCAAUACGUGAAUAAAUGAAUAUUAAUAUGACUAGCAUACAAAAUGGAAUGAAUUUAGCUUUUGGCAGAGUUGUUAUAGAAUUUUUAAAUUAUUCGAUUGAUAUUAAUUGUUGUUAUCCUACUUCUUAUUAAAGGUCUUCUUCUGGCCCUGCAAAACGAUCUUUCCCCAAAAUGGAAGUGUUUAUCAACGAAUAUAAUGGUUUUAAAAUCUGCUGGAUCUGGCGAACCCCCAAUAGAAAGUGUUCCUCCAAAAAAUGUAACUCCAGGUGGUCCCCCCGGUACUGGAGGAACAGGAACUGCCGGAGCCGGUGGAGGUAAAAACAAAAAUACCCUAUGCUGUCCGAAAUGUGGAGACCCUUGCACUCACGUCGAGACCUUUGUCAGCUCCACAAGGUUCGUCAAGUGCGAAAAAUGCCACCACUUUUUCGUGGUGUUGAGUGAGGUCGACAGUAAAAAAAAAGAGGGUGUCGAUUUAAAAACUGGAUUUUUCCGAAAACCACCACCCCCACCGAAGAAAAUCUAUGAGUAUCUAAAUAAGCAUGUAAUUGGACAAGAACAUGCUAAAAAGGUAAGAAGUCUUCUUCUGGCCCUGCAAAACGAUCUUUCCCCAAAAUGGAAGUGUUUAUCAACGAAUAUAAUGGUUUUAAAAUCUGCUGGAUCUGGCGAACCCCCAAUAGAAAGUGUUCCUCCAAAAAAUGUAACUCCAGGUGGUCCCCCCGGUACUGGAGGAACAGGAACUGCCGGAGCCGGUGGAGGUAAAAACAAAAAUACCCUAUGCUGUCCGAAAUGUGGAGACCCUUGCACUCACGUCGAGACCUUUGUCAGCUCCACAAGGUUCGUCAAGUGCGAAAAAUGCCACCACUUUUUCGUGGUGUUGAGUGAGGUCGACAACGUUCCACAUAUAGGAGGUUUAUCGCAUGGCGGUUCAUUGGGCAUCCACUUUCCCAGUCAUUACAGCGAUUCUUCUGUCAAUUCAACGGGCAAUAAAAGUCAGAGCGCAAGCGCAGCCGGUUCCGAUAUAUUGGACAAAACGACACACGAUCUCAAACUAGAAAAGAGUAACAUACUACUGCUCGGGCCAACCGGUUCUGGUAAAACUCUACUUGCUCAGACAAUAGCCCAAUGUUUGGACGUACCAUUUGCGAUCUGUGAUUGUACGACCUUGACACAGGCUGGUUACGUUGGUGAGGAUAUCGAAAGUGUGAUCGGUAAACUGCUUCAGGAUGCAAGUUACAGCAUUGAGAGGGCUCAAAUAGGGAUCGUAUUCCUCGACGAGGUCGACAAGAUUGGGGCAGUUCCUGGCAUACAUCAACUGAGGGAUGUGGGAGGCGAAGGUGUGCAACAGGGUAUGUUGAAGAUGUUAGAGGGUACCAUCGUUAAUGUGCCCGAACGGAAUUCUCCAAGAAAAUUACGAGGCGAGACGAUCCAAGUCGACACCACCAACAUCCUCUUUGUUGCGAGUGGAGCUUAUAAUGGAUUGGAAAAGUUGAUACUUAGGAGAAAUAAUCAAAAUCAUUUAGGUUUUGGAGCAGCUGUGGUGGAAAGCAAGGGACGAAGAGCAGCAGUACAACCANAAAGUUUGUUGUUGAUUCAUUUUUGUUAUUUACGAUACAAUUUCUUUAACUCAAGACAAUACAUUGCGUAUUUAUUUUCUCAAAAUUUAAUAAAAAUUUAUUUAAUAUGGAUAUACAUGAUUCAUUUGAUCGACUUUGGCAUGAUACCGGAAUUUGUGGGAAGAUUUCCUGUACUAGUACCAUUUCACAGCCUGGACGAAUCGUUGCUUGUACGAAUAUUGACAGAGCCCAAAAACGCCAUUAUACCUCAGUACCAGAGACUGUUAGCAAUGGAUCAGUGUGAACUGACUUUUACUCAGGAAGCUCUGAAAGCUAUUGCAAGAAUGGCUAUGGAACGGAAAACAGGCGCUAGAGGACUGCGAGCGAUCAUGGAAACGCUACUUCUGGAGCCCAUGUUUGAAAUUCCUGGAUCAGAAAUAGUAGGAGUUCAUAUAAAAGAAGACUACGUGAGAAACAAAAAGGGACCGGAUUACGUAAAAGCGUCUUCAACAGAAUCCACGCCCCUCGAGGACGAGGACUUGAAAUCAUCGGUACGUUUGUAACGGUGGCCUAAUGCCGAUCAGUGACGCCACCUAUCGAAACACAACAUAAAUCCUCAGUGGUAAUGCAAACAAGAAGUGUAAUAAGGGUGCACGUGCGUGCACUUUAUAUAAUUGCCGGAAACGUCCGUUGGUAAGUUGUAACGUAAAAAAUUUAUUUACUUAUGAUCCAAAAACAUUCAAGUUUUAUUCUUUAUUAAUAAAAAAACAACAAAGAAUCUUGUCUAACGCACUUUUCCGGUUAGUCAGAGUAAACCAUGGAUUCUAUUAGUUCCUUAAAAAAAAGAUGAAGAAAGAUAAAACAAGUGAUAUAUUGUAAUGCAUAAAUAAAUGGAAAUAAGUAGGAAAUUGGUGUUUUGAAUUCUGAGAAAAUUUAACUGUUAUAAGCAGUUGCUUUUGUUUCCAUGUUUUUGUAUAUAGUUUAAUUUUUACUUAUACUUGAAAGAAAAACACGUUAUACGUCCUCGUUAAGGUGUAUGGUAUGUAGGAUAGAAGUGAUUGAUUUUAAGUGAACGAAAUUACGCGGCUGUAAAUUUCAGAUAAGGAGAAGUCUGUUGGAAAGAUGUAUUUAAGUUAUUGCCUUAAUAAAAGUAUACAUACGUUA